CCCACGUCACUUGCAACGCAUUCGGCUCCCCUUCGAUUCUUACUUCGCCAAGCAAACAUCACUGCAUGCUUUGAAAAUACAAAAAACAAAAACACGCCAAUGAGCUAACCAACUCUACCCCCUCUGCAACCAACGAUCUUCGUCUUCAAAUCCUUCUUUCAUCAGAUACCAUAAUCUCCCAUUCUAGUUCCGAUAUCUCUUUCAAAUCAUUUUGGGUACUCUUCUGGUUUUCUACGGUUCUUGCUUGGUGGGUCUUUUUCAGAGGCUUUAAUCUCCUGUUUUCUUUGAGCUCCAAUGGGACCCAUUAGAGGGCUGAAGAAGAGGAAGAAAGCGGAGACAGGGAUUGACCGAAAUGGGGCCCACUCUUCCCCCGGGAACCAGGCCCACCAGGGCUUGGAUUGGUGGGAAGACUUCUCCAAGAGGAUUACUGGGCUGUCAUCCCAAUCACAGGAUCCCCCUAAAUUUGAAUCUUUUCUCAAGAUUUCAAGAAGGACAUUUAGCUACAUCUGUUCACUUGUGAAGGAAGAGAUGAUGGCUAAGCCAGCAAACUUCAUCGAUCUCAAUGGAAAGCUUUUGUCCCCGAAUGAUCGAGUUGCUGUUGCUUUAAGAAGGCUGAGUUCAGGAGAAUCUUUAUCAUCCGUGGGCAAUUUACUCGGGCUAAACCAAACCACCGUCGCCCAAAUAACCUGGCGUUUUGUUGAAGCCAUGGAACAAAGAGGGCUCCAUCACCUAAGGUGGCCCUCCGCGAUGGAAGAGAUCAAAUUGAAGUUUGAGAAAAUUGGAGGCCUCCCUAAUUGUUGCGGUGUGAUCGAUACAACCCACAUCAUGAUGUGCCUGUCCACGACCGAUCGAGCGAGCAACGUCUGGCAUGACAAGGAGAAGAAUCACAGCAUGAUCGUCCAGGCUAUUGUGGACCCUGAUAUGAGAUUCCUUGACAUUGUCACCGGGUGGCCAGGAAGUUUGUGCGACUCUGUUGUGCUGAAAAGCUCAAGUUUUUUCAGACUAUGUGAAGAAGGAAAAAGACUAAACGGAAAGAAAAUAGAAGUGCUAGAAGAAACUGAAUUGAGGGAGUAUGUUAUCGGGGAUGUAGGGUUUCCCCUAUUGGAAUGGCUUCUAACACCGUACCAAGGAUGUAGGCUUUCUGAUUCUCAGGUGGAGUUCAAUAAACGGAUUUCUGCCACUCAGCUGGCUGCACAAAGGGCGUUGGCUAGGUUGAAGGAAACAUGGAGGAUUAUAAAUGGUGUUAUGUGGAGGCCUGAUAAGAAUAGGUUACCAAGGAUUAUUCUCGUUUGCUGUUUGUUGCACAACAUAGUUAUUGAUUUAGACGAUAAGGUGCAACGCGAGAUGCCCGUUUCUGAUCAUCACGAUUCUGGUUACCGGGAACAGGUUUGUCAAUCAAGUGACAAGACUGCUUCUAUUAUAAGAGACAAGCUUUCUCUCUACUUAUCUGGUAGUUUGCUUUCUUGAUAACAUCUCUGUGUCUCUUUGUCGUGGGUUAAUCAUUCGUCGAUGACUUGACCUUAGUUUGUUUAAUUAGGAAGUUUAAAGACAAGUGCAUGAUCUAUUGCAAAACAAGCAAUUCAUGAACUCUCAUUCUUCUUCCUUGUUUUGUCUGAAAGCAACUUCGUAUCUUGUUUUUUUUAAGAGUACUUUGUAUCUUGUGGAUCAGUGUUUUUCUAACUUUUGCAAUUCCAUUUUCUGUUACUGCA